UAAGAACGCAGGGCAGCCUCACAGGAAGCUCUGCGAGGAUGUUCUGAAGAAAAGAAGAAACAGUUACUGAGUGUUGUUCAACUGAAAACCACUACUGACAAGACACAGACAUCAGUGUGAAAGUUCAGCAUGAGCUUCCCAGAAGGCCCUGGGGCGGCCCGCCCCUUCUCCCUGGAGACGGACGACAGGACCGAGGAGGAGCGCAAAGCCCAAAGCCGUCAUGGUGUCAAGGAGGACUUCAUGGGCUCUGCUCUGGCCAUGGGUGGCUCCAACAGACCCAAAGCCCCCAUGGAUACAGACUACCAGGAGGAACUGGAGGUGCAACAGCCCAAGAUCAAAUACAACCUCAACUUUUACAAGGAGAUGAAAGGAAUGAAGGCGACCGAAGAGGAGAGGAGAAACCGGUUUGAUCUGAAGAAGCUGUUUCAGGCUGCAGCCAGGGGAGAUGUCACCAUGCUGGAUGGGCUGCACGAUUACCUCACCAAAACCAUGAAAAAGCUUUCCCACUCUGAGUAUCAAUCGUACGGAAAGAAUCCCCUGCUCAAGGCUCUUCUGAAUCUUAAAGACCAAAGAAAUGACACGGUGGAAUAUCUCCUAAACAUUGCAGAGCAGAUGGGAGAUUUAAAAGAAUUCGUAAAUGCAGCAUAUACAGACAGUUAUUAUAAAGGCCAGUCUGCUCUCCAUAUCGCCAUCGAGAGGCGGAGUCUCCACUAUGUGACACUUCUGGUCAGUAAAGGAACUGACGUUCAUGCCAAAGCCUGUGGGAGGUUCUUCCAGCUACACGAUGGACCCAGCUUCUACUUUGGGGAGCUGCCGCUGUCCCUGGCUGCCUGCACCAACCAGAAGAACAUAGUAGACUUCCUAAUGGAGAACGAGUAUCAGAGGGCGAGGGUGGAGGACAGGGACUCCCUGGGUAAUACGGUGCUACAUGCGCUAGUGGUGGUGGAUGACAAAGACCAGCAGAAUACCGAGUUCAUCGUCACCAUGUAUGAUCACAUCCUCACCAACACCGCCCGUCUCUACCCCAAUUUGAAACUGGAAGACAUAGAGAACAAACAGGGAUUGACGCCCAUCAAACUAGCCGCCAAAAUGGGCAGGAUCGGGGUGUUUGAGCAUAUUUUGCAUCGUGAGUUCCAGCAUCAAGAGACCAAACACCUGUCUCGUAAGUUCACAGAGUGGGCUUACGGGCCUGUUCAUUCCUCCCUCUACGACCUGGACUCCCUGGACUCCUAUGAGAACAACUCUGUACUCAAGAUACUCGUCUACGGCAGUGACAUUCCUAAUCGUCAUAAAAUGCUCCAGAUCGAGCCCCUGAACAGGCUUCUGGAGGAAAAGUGGGAACGGUUUGCCGCACGAAUCUUCUUCUUCAACUUCCUGGUUUACGUCCUUUACGUGUCAGUCUUCACGUUCAUCUCUUACAACAGGAGGGAGGGCAAGUCCCCUUUCUACAUUCAACACACCAGGGAUGGAUACAUUUAUCUGGCGGGUCAGAUUCUGGUAGCGGUGACAUCUUUGUAUCUCUUCAUAGGAGGGAUCCUAGACUUCAAAAGAAAGCAUCCGAAUCUGCGGAGUCUGGUGAUUGAUGGAUACUGUGACAUCCUUUUUUUCCUGCAGGCUGUUCUCUACAUCAUUUCCUCAGUGCUGGAUGUCUGUGGGAGGGAAGAGUACCUUGGGUUCCUGGUGCUGUGUCUGGCUCUCAGCUGGGUCAACUUGCUGUACUUCUCCAGAGGGUGUGAACACAUGGGCAUAUACAGUGUCAUGAUCCACAAGAUGAUCAUAAGCGAUAUCAUGCGCUUUCUUUUCGUCUACAUCAUCUUCCUUUUCGGGUUUUCAGCAGCUGUGGUGACGCUACUGGUUGAGCCUUCGCCGGUCGCUAAGAACACGACCGCCGUAGGUGGCCGCAGCUUAUUCGCAGCCAACGAGGAUGAGACGUGCACGAAGGUCACGUUCGAGAGCCUCUCCUACACCACCCUGGAGCUCUUCAAGUUCACCAUCGGCAUGGGAGACCUGGAGUUCACGGAGAACUACAAGUACAAGGCGGUGUUCUACGUGCUCCUCAUCUCCUACAUUGUCCUCACCUACAUCCUGCUGUUGAACAUGCUCAUCGCCCUCAUGAGCGGCACAGUGGCCGAGAUCUCCAAAGACAGCACCAGCAUUUGGAAACUACAGAGGGCCAUCACCAUCCUAGACCUGGAGAGGAGUCUGCUCCACUGCCUGAGGAGGAGGUUCCGCUCUGGGGUGGAGAAGGACCUGAGCUCUGGGGGGGACUGGAACCCAGACUCAGAGCAGAAAAAGGACAUUCGCCGGUGUUUCAGAGUGGAGGAAGUCAACUGGGACAAAUGGAACACGAACCUGACGAUAAUCAAUGAGGAUCCGGGGAGUUGUGAUCCAGCCAGGCAACCUCCUACCAACAGCCCUCAGGAGACAACCAGGACCUGGCGAGGCAUCCUGAGGGAUCGGGUCAGUCGACGGCAGCAGCGGCCCCGGAGUCGCCAGUUCAUCCCGGAGUCCAGAGAGAUGUCCCCCCUAUCCGCCAGUCAUGUUUGAGAGGAGACACACAAGCCCUGAUCCCCCCCUCUACUGGGGCACAGGCCCCUAAUUCAUAUCCCUUUUUUUCUUUCAAGCUUGCUGCGCACAAUGCACUACUAGGCUAUUGAAACUCCCCCUUGCUUAACCCUUGUGUUAUCUUCGGGUCAUUCUGACCCAUCAGUCAUUGUGACCCACCGUCGUAUUGCGACAAAUUUACCUCAUACAAAAACAAAGUGAAGCAUUUUCUUUUAACUGUCGGGCUGUCUCAGACCCCCCACAUUGGAAUGGUUAAAAGAAAAUUAUUUUUAUUUGUUUUUGUAUUGGGUAAAAUUGGGUAAACACAACAAUGGUUCGUUAUGAACCUUUGGGUCAUGUGACCCGAAGGCAGCACGAGGGUUAACCCAAUAUGCAACAGUUCAGGGACGCAAGUUUGAUAUCAGCUUUGGCAGGGACAUCAAUAGUUAAUGAUGAUAAAUCCAUUAUAAUUGAGAAUUUAAACAAGCUUUUCUCUAUGGCUGGCCAUGCGUUCCAUCUGGCUACCCCUACCCUGGCCAACUGCCCGGCACCCUCCACAGCAACCCGCCAAAGCCCCCACCAUUUCUCCUUCACCCAAAUCCAGAUAGCUGAUGUUCUGAAAGAGCUGCAAAAUCUGGAACCCUACAAAUCAGCUGGGCUAGACAAUCUGGACCCUUUCUUUCUAAAAUGAUCUGCCGAAAUUGUUGCAUCCCCUAUUACUAGCCUGUUCAACCUCUCUUUCGUAUCGUCUGAGAUUCCCAAAGAUUGGAAAGCUGCCACGGUCAUCCCCCUCUUCAAAGUUGUUGACACUCUUGACCCAAACUGCUACAGACCUAUAUUUAUCCUACCCUGUCUUUCUAAGGUCUACGAAAGCCAUGUUAACAAACAGAUUACCAACCAUUUGGAAUCCCACCGUACCUUUACCACUAUGCAAUCUGGUUUCAGAGCUGGUCAUGGGUGCACCUCAGCCACGCUCAAGGUCCUAAACGAUAUCAUAACUGCCAUCGAUAAGAGACAUUACUGUGCAGCCGUAUUCAUCGACCUGGCCAAGGCUUUCGACUCUGUCAAUCACCACAUUCUUAUCGGCAGACUCGACAGCCUUGGUUUCUCAAAUAAUUGCCUCGCCUGGUUUACCAACUACUUCUCUGAUAGAGUUCAUUGUGUCAAAUCGGAGGGCCUGUUGUCCAGACCUCUGGCAGUCUCUAUGGGGGUGCCACAGGGUUCAGUUCUCGGGCCGACUCUUCUCUGUAUUUAUCAAUGAUGUCGCUCUUGCUGCUGGUGAUUCUCUGAUUCACCUAUAUGCAGACAACACCAUUCUAUAUACUUCUGGCCCCUCUCUGGACACUGUAUUAACUAACCUCCAGGCGAGCUUCAAUGCCAUACAACUCUCCUUCCGUGGCCUUCAACUGCUCUUAAACGUAAGUAAAACUAAAUGCAUGCUACUCAAAAGAUCACUGCCCGCACCCGCCUGCCCGUCCUCCGACUUAGAAUACGUGGACAACUAUAAAUACCUAGGUGUCUGGUUGGACUGUAAACUCUCCUUCCAGACUCACAUUAUGCAUCUCCAAUCCAAAAUCUAGAAUCGGCUUCCUAUAUCGCAACAAAGCAUCCUUCACUCAUGCUGCCAAACAUACCCUCGUUAAACUGACCAUCCUACAGAUCCUCAACUUUGGCGAUGUCAUCUAUAAAAUAGCCUCCAACACUCUACUCAACAAAUUGGAUGCAGUCUAUCACAGUGCCAUCCGUUUUGUCACCAAAGCUCCAUACACUACCCACCACUGUGACCUGUAAGCUCUCAUUGGUUGGCCCUCGCUUCAUACUCGUCGCCUAACCCACUGGCUACAGGUUAUCUAUAAAUCCCUGUUAAGUAAAACCCCGCCUUAUCUCAGUUCACUGGUCACCAUAGCAGCACCUACCCGUAGCACGCGCUCCAGCAGGUAUAUCCCACUGGUCACCCCCAAAGCCAAUUCCACAUUUGGUCGACUUUCCUUCCAGUUCUCUGCUGCCAAUGACUGAAACGAACUACAAAAGUUUCUGAAGCUGGGGACUCUUACCUCCCUCAGCAGCUUUAACCCUUGUGUUAUCUUCGGGUCAUUCUGACCCAUCAGUCAUUGUGACCCACCGUCGUAUUGCGACAGAUUUACUGCAUACAAAGACAAAGUGAAGCAUUUUCUUUUAACAGCUAGGCUGUCUCAGACCCCCCACAUUGCAAAGGUUAAAAGAAAAUUAUUUUAAUUUGUUUUUGUAUUGGGUAAAAUUGGGUAAACACAACGAUGGUUCAUUAUGAACCUUUGGGUCAUGUGACCCGAAGGCAGCACGAGGGUUAAGCACCAGCUGUCAGAGCAGCUCUCAGAUCACUGCACCUGUACAUAGCCCACCCGUAAACCGCCCAUCUAUCUACCUUAUCCCAAUAUUGUAUUUAUUUCUUUAUCUUGCUCCUUUGCACCCCAGUAUCUCUACCUGCACUUUUAUUCUCUGUGUUUAAUUGUUAUAUUGUAAUUGCUGUAAUUAUUAUGUUUUGCUUAUUCCAUGUGUAACUCUGUGUUGUAUGUGUCGUACUGCUAUGCUGUGUCUGGGCCAGGUCGCAGUUGAAAAUGAGAACUUGUUCUCAACUAGCUUACCUGGCUAAAUACAGGUGAAAUAAUUAUUAUU